GUUAGGAGCGUUCAACAUCAUGGGCUGCCCCCUGCUGUUAGCUUGCAUGUGUGUCGAGCGCUACCUGGCUGUAGUCCGACCCGUGCUGUACACAAGACUGCGAAAGUGGGAGUACCACAUAGCCGUGUCAAGUGUGGUGUGGGUACUCACGUUUUCCUUCUGCCUGGCUUCAGGUAUUAUCAACAUCCUGACUAUCAUGCUCAUGCCCGUGUGCAUCGUGAUAUCGUGCCUCUUUUCCUGGUCAUGUUCGGAAGCCUCAUGGGUGUGGUCCUGUCACUCCGUCAACAAAGCCCAGCAAGCAGCGACCAGGCCUGCUCCGGGUCACCUCUAAAGAAACGGCCAGCGGUCAAUGUACUCACUGUGGUGGUACCUGCUCUGAUUACCUACACGCCCGUUAGCUCGAUGCUCCCCUUGCUUUUUUUUGAGCAUCUACGGUAGACUGGAAUUAAAGCAGUUGACGUUAUGCGUUUCAGUUCUGUCUGUUAUUCCCGAGGGUCGGCCUGCUCAUAAGGCCUCUCUUUUACCUCGCCAAGGUCAAACAAAUCUUUUGUGUGACAGGGAGGACGAGCAUCGCACAGAGAAUUGUAUCGUGAGCGCCCUGGGGCUUUAAGUCCCAGAUUCACCUGAACCAAAUCGAGAUUUUUUGUUUUCAAGUUUAAGCCUUAAAAUACCCUUUCUCACAUGCUUAAAACACAUUUUGACGUAUAUUAAAAAAAAAAUGUGUUCAAAUAAGUUUACAAAGUGAAAAAUCUUCAAUAUCACAGGACUGCUUUGUAGGCCUUAUUCUCCCACGUGUGCAAGAUUUGCCAGUGUCAUUUAUGCACCUUGAAGCAGAUAUGCACUUCAGAGGCUGUAGUAACUCAAGUGCCCCGGGAUCGUGAGACAUUAUAUUGCACUUGACGUUUGGAUGCAGUUAAAAUAUAUGCCUUACAAUUCCGGAAAACUAUCAAAUGUAUGUAGAGAGACUGAAAAAUAUAUAUAUUAAAAUUUUGUCAGUGAUUCACACCUUUUUGGUUUCUCCGCAUUGAUACGAAGCAGAGGUCCAGACGGGAGAAUCCAAGUAAAUGAAAAGUGCACAAGUCCAGGUAAUUUAAAAAAAAAAAAAAAGAGAGCGAUUUAUGCACAAAUGGUAGAAUAUGGCCCAAUGUGAAUAGCGGGGGGAUUACUGUUAAUCUCUUAUACAUACAGUAUGCUGAAAACAGUAAUUGGCCAUUUCUUUCUUUGUAAAGACAGAAUAUGUGACAAAGCUCUUUAAAGAUCCUUUUACUUUUUUAAUUAUCACAUUGAAUAGUUUUUGUUUUUGUUUUUUUUACAAGAAAGUGAAUUUAAGUCAAAUUACAUGCAGUUGUUAUGCAAUUUUUGCAUUGGCUCACAGGUAUACCUGAUGUGGACACUUCAUUAUAUAGUAUGUAUAAAGCCAAUCAAGGAGUUUUGUUUGUGGGUAGAUUUCCACAUUUACAUACUUUUAUAUGGCAUUCAUUUUUUAUUAUUUUUGUUUUGAAAAUUGCACAAUACCAAUACAUUCUACCCCAUUUGGGGGGGAAAAUGCAUAUCUGGUGUGUUGGCUUGCCUAGCUAAUGUGCAAUUC